AUGGAUCCGAUAAAAUACAUAUUUGAAAAGCCUGUUGUCACUGGUAGAAUUGCUCGGUGGCAAAUGUUGUUAACUGAAUAUGAUAUCCAGUAUGUGUCUCAAAAAGGAAUAAAGAGGAGUGUUAUGUCUAACUACCUUGCUCAUUUACCUGUGGAGGGUUAUCAAUCGUUGAUGUUUGACUUUCUAGAUGAAGACAUCAUCUUUAACAGAGAUUCCACUGUUCCAGGCCCCGAGGAAGGCCUCGAACCAGGAUCACAAUGGACGCUCGUGUUCGACAACGCUUCCAAUGCUUGUGGUCAUGUAAUAGGCGCAUUUAUCACUUCUCCAACUGGCUUCCACCUUCCAUUUACCGCUAGAUUAUACUUUGACUACACCAACAAUAUGGCAGAACAUGAGGCAUGUAUCUACGGUAUGGAGGCGGCCAUUGACUUAAGUAUCAAGAUUCUUGAGGUGUACGGAGAUUUGGCUAUGGUAAUCAGUCAGGCAAAAGGUGAUUGGGAAACUCGAGAUAGCAAAUUGAUUCCUUAUAAGGAGCACAUCAGAAAGAUGAUACCCUACUUUGAUGAAAUCUCUUUUCAUCAUAUUCCUAGGGAGGAAAAUCAGUUAGCAUACGCUCUAGCUACGUUGACAUCUAUGUUUAAAGUCAAGUGGAAGAAUGAAGCACCAACUAUCCUUAUUGACCACUUGGAUGAACCAGCACAUUAUCUAGCAAUCGAGGUCGAUCCUGAUGAUAAGCCUUGGUUUCAUGACAUAAAGACAUUUAUGGAGAAAUAA